AUGUUUCACCACCAUCAUCAAUCUCACAAUGUUAACUCUAAUAUUGAUAUCUAUUCAACUCCAAUAAGGGGUGAAAGUUUAGACGAAAAUGAAAUGGAGUAUGAUGAUGAUGAUGAUGAUGAUGAAAAUGAAGGAAAUGAUCAAGAUGAUCAAUAUGGUGAAGAUGGAGGAAAUACUGUUCAUCAUGUUGAUGCUAGUCUUUACACCCAACCAUCAUUUCAAGAUCUACUACCUAAUAAUAAUGAUGAAGCCCCUAUACCUUCAAAGAAAAGUUGGGAUUUGAUGGAAGAUAUUGCUCUCAUAUGUUCAGUCAUGAACACAAGUACAGAUCCAAUUGUGAGCACCAACCAAAAGAUAAGAGUGAGGUGGCAGAAAGUUAAGAAAGCUUAUGAAGCAGCGAGGAUGGAACGACCCCAUCUGAUCCCACGAAGAACCGCCGACAUGCUUAAAUGUCGUUGGGGUAGACUUGCUCCAGCAUGUUUGAAGUGGUCUGGAAGUUAUGAUGAGGCUCUUAGGAGGAAGAAGAGUGGCACGACAGAUGAAGAUGUGCUUAAAAGAAGCAUAUUUAAUCCAUCAAAGAAAACACGUGAUGUUAGUAGUGAAAGUAGUGGGAAAAGAUCAAGGACGGAAGAAGAUUCUGAAACACCAACAAGUGAACCUCAAGGAGGAUCAUCUACUCGCCCCGAGGGUGUGAAGAAGGCUAAGGCUCGCAUGACUGAGAAAAUGGUUGCAGAUCAAUCAAUUCAAGCUUUGAGUGCAUUUGGAGAGAGUCUUCGACUUAAUUCAGAAAUAGUGAAAGAGAAGACAGAACUUCAAAAACGAAAAGAAGCCCGAAAACAAAAACAACUUCAACUGGAAGAAUAUCGAAUGAAUUGGGAGAUCUAUGAAUCAUUAAGCAAAAAGGAAACUCUUCAGCCAUGGGAAGCUAAUAUGAUGGUUCAACUUGGACAAUACCUUUAG